GAGGCUGCAGGAUGCAGGAGAAAUGAUUCACCUCCUGAUACCUUCUCUCUCCUCUCCUCAGGGAACAUCAUUGGCUCCGGCAUCUUCAUCUCUCCAAAGGGGGUCCUGGAGCACUCGGGCUCGGUGGGCCUGGCGUUGGUGGUUUGGGUACUCGGGGGCUGCAUCGCGGCCUUGGGCUCCCUCUGCUAUGCUGAACUGGGCGUCACCAUCCCAAAGUCUGGGGGAGACUACUCCUACGUCACCGAGAUAUUCGGCGGCCUGAUGGGGUUUCUCCUGUUGUGGAGCGCCGUCCUCAUCAUGUACCCGACCACGCUGGCCGUCAUCGCCCUCACGUUCUCCAGCUACGUCCUGCAGCCCGUCUUCCCCGACUGCGUUCCUCCUUACAUGGCCACACGGAUGCUGUCGGCCACUUGUCUCCGUAAGUGGCUUCUUCACCGUCUGCAGUCUUUGAUCGAUGUUAAUUCUUCCUCAGAUUCUCCUACAUGGAGCGAGAGAUGAAGGACUCUUUAUUAAAAAACAAUAUAUGUUUAGCAUCGUCUCCUGAAACAGGCGCUUACCCAAGUACUGCACUUUGUACUUAACCACAAUUUUGAGGUACUUGUACUAUACUUGAGUAUUUCCAUUUUACGCUAUUUAUACUUCUACUCCACUAAAUCUCAGAGGGAACUUUUGACUCCACUACAUUUAUUUGAUACUUUUAGUUACUUUGCAGAUUUAGAUUAC